AUGACGUCCAAUACCACUGUCGAUGUCCUGCACCCGUACCCUGUUGGUGAUCUAAUCACUAUAGGUGAAGCUGCUACUCAGUUCAAUGGUCGAGGAUCUUUGCUGAAGAUCAAGUUCCUACCUGUUGUGAACUUUGCUGGGAAUCUUGUGCAGUUGGGCGACUCUCUUACUUAUUUGUCCAACACCGAAGAGGAGGGGUCGGGAGUUCUGGCUCCAAGAACACGGGCUGUUAACGAAUUCCUGGAACCUGUACGUGAUAAGAUUGCUGAACUGUUGGUCGGACCGUACAUCAAGUAUGUGACUACUGUCCAUCAAACAGAGCCUGGGACCUGGGGACCUUCUGCCAACCGGAAAUUCUUCAACCUGAUUACGAGUUCUAGUCGUAACCUGCAGCUAACCUUGUCAUUGGAGAAAUACCUCAAUACUUCCAUAAGCGGAAAGAGUAUCGGAGACCCUAUUACCUCAGGCACAUUGAACUUUCAGUUGGAAUUUGACAAGAUCGGUCUUACUCGGGAGAACAUUAAGUUUCGUUUCACAAAGUACAUCAGCACUCUUAUCCUAAAGGUUCUUGUUUUACGUGCUACCCUGGCUAACAACUACGACGCCGCUUUUCAGUUGACCGAGUCUACGACUCUGAACUUCUCCACACUGUUUGAGUUGGUAUCGUCUCCGGGUAUGCUUGGUGGACUAUCAGACGUCAGCGUGUUUAAUGGCGUGUAUUCUGCUACCCAUGAGUUUGCUAGAGAAGCUUCUGCCAUUGUAUGGGGAGAAAGGGAUGAUGAGGUGUUGCGGCAGGAGCGGGGACGGUGUGUAGGUUCGAAGACGAAACGCCCUAAUCUAUAUCUCCCUAGUUCCUACUUUGUCCCCAUACCUGAAGACAAUGUAGGCCAGUGUGUGUACAUUGCACUUGCAUGGCAGUUGUUGCUGCAGUACGUGCAACGGUACUCGACUAAACGCAUCAAUCCUGACGCGCGUCAUCUGAUUCAGUUAAAGACGAAAGACGGUGAGCCUUACCAUGAUACGGUGUGGAGUGUAUUGGAAUUGCUGCAACCUGUUCGAUUCCCGCCGCUGAGGAUGUUGGAAACACACAUAGCGCCUGAUAACGCAGGGACGCCUCAUUCCAUUCAUAAGGAGUGGUGUAAGCCGGAGAUCGAUUUCAUUGUCGACUGGCUUGUCAGAGAGUUUAUGCCUGAGCGACCGUGCUGGUUGAAAUUGGAACAUGUGGAGACGUUGGUGGAACGUAUUAAUGUUAAGAUGGAGGUGUAUAAACGCAGUGUUAAUGUGUUUAUGAUCUCAGGUGCCGAACUACACAUUCCCACGGUUGAAGGAAGAACGGCAAAGGUACAAGGAUAA